UCAUCAAGUGAUGCGAUGGAUAAUGAUUUUGGAAUGUUUGCGUCCUAGUUGUUCCAUAUCCACCGACAGUCCCAAGUAUCAUUCUCUUCAUUCAGAGUGACUCGUGGAGCCCGCCCAUACAUCAUCAUCGUUCCCAAUUGAGUAGCGACGAUCGGGCAAAUUCCUCCCGUCAACCACGACGGCUCUGGACAGGCAUCCAGACCAACGACAGUCGUCUUUCCAGCAUGGCACCACCCAUGAUCGAUCCCUCUCUAUUCGACCAGCUCAAGGCCAAGAUUGAGGAGGAUACCAGCGUCCGGAAGGAGCUGGAUCAGAUCCUCGAUGACCUGAACGAGCAUGUCUCCUUUACUCAAGGCGUGCUCUCGCGGAUACAUGCAACGCCAAGGUCAAAAUACGCAGCCCUGCUAGAACAGGUCGAGGGCGGCAUCAGAAAAGAGAUUGAGACGGUUGGAAGGCUGGCGACGUUUGCGUCACAGUAUCCUUACUACAAGUACAACUACAAGUGGACACGCACCGUCCAAGAUGCCAUAUCCACCGUCAUCCUGUGCGCCUGGCUGGGCGGCAUGUCAAGCGAGACGAAGCCGGGCGAGGUCGGCCGCCUGCUCACGCUCGAGGACAUGGGAGAGCUCUUUGGAGUCCCUGUGAACCUCAAAGACCGCGACGCGUUCCACAUCACCAUCGAGGAGUAUCUGCUGGGGCUCAUCUCGGUGAUUGACGAGCUCGGCAGGCUGUCGGUCAACUCGGUGACGCUGGGCGACAACGCCAUGGCAGUGCAAAUCAGCGGCUUCAUCAAGGACCUGCACGCCGGGUUCCAGGUGCUCAAUUUGAAAAAUGACACGCUGCGCAAGCGCGUCGACUCGAUCAAGUAUGCCGUCAAAAAGGUCGAGGAUGUUGUCUAUGAUCUUUCGCUGCGCAAUCUCAUCCCGCCGCAGGAGGACAAGUGAGCGAUACAGCGGUUGGAGCUGUGAUGGGCUGGUGGGGAUUGGGGUGUAAACUGUAAAAGCAGUUGGCCUACAAAGUUUAAAAAUGACUGUUGAAAGGGUUAGGGUUGGCUGCUGAGGAGAAGCACAAGAACAAGAACCUUGCAGGCAUCUUCAAUUUAACACUUGACAACUGCCUCCCUGAU